AUGUCAACAUUGCCACCUUCAACUUCUUCCUGGGACGACAUUAUAGAGGCUCUCUCUCUGAGCACAAUAUGGAAUUGGCUACAAGCAACUUUUCUGGGAGAAUCUAGUGAACCCCAGCAGACAAAUUUGGGGAUACUGCAUAACAUUGUUCCGGCUCUGCAAGUUAUCCUGAGGAUUUGCUUUUUUAUUUUAUUGACCAUAGGAUUAUAUGCCUUAUCGAAAAGAAGUAUUCAAUCAAUUCAGAGGAUAUUUUUGUUUAUAAUCACACUCUACAAGCUUUACAAGAAGGGCUCAGAAUUUUUUCAGACUUUGAUGGCCAACCCAGAUGUGAACCUUUUCUCAGUUCAAGACAAUAAAAAUCUCUUCCUGUCCUUGGGUCUGCAAGAGAAAAUUUUGAAAAAACUCCAGACAGUGGAAAGCAAAGUGAAAGACCUGGAGGGGAUGAUCAUUUCUCAAAAGUCUAUGAAGAAGGAUUGUACCUCUGAGCCCUACUGCAGCUGCUCCGACUGCCAGAGCCCUUUGGCCACAUCCGGGUUUACGUCCACAUCUGAAAUGUGA